AUGAUCAUCCACACCAGCGAUUUCCUCGUCGCCUUCCGGGCAUUGAUGGACAGCGGAGAGACAGCCACAGCCAGGAUGGAAGGUGACGUCGGCAUGGCUAGGCUGGACGCGGUGCUCAAGGCAACUAAGCGAAUGGACCUCUCCAUGAAUGCCGCAGCCAAAGCCGCCGCCGAAAUGUCGCCAGAGUUGAGUGAGGAGUACAAUGCGGUCAUGUUCUUCGAUUGCCAGGCCUUCUGUCGUGCUGCGUUGUUCAACAGUGACCUCCAGGACAUCUUCGAUCUCAGGGUGCAUCAUUUCACCGAGACCUUGACGGAGCUCUGUGCCGCCGUCGGGAGGUGCACGAAGAAUUACGGCAGUCAGACAGAGGAGAGCUGGAAGUAUUGCAUCAAGGAGGAUGCGAGCUUGGAGGAGGUGCUUAGCGUAGCCGCCAAGACCAUCGACACCAUCGACGGCAAGGAGACCUUGCGACUUUCCGAUGAGUUGACCGAGGCCUUGGAUGCCGCCAAAACUUUCAUCGACAAGUCCUUUUUCCAGCACGCGGGCCUGAUGGAGCUCAUCGGAAGAGCGAAGGUGGUGCAGGACACAGCGAGGGCCCUUCGCUGCGAAGGGUUGCUAUCUUUCGCCUUGCAAGUGACCAGCAAUAAGCAACGAAAGUUGGCGAUUGUGCGCAGCCAGCUGGGUGAUGUCAGUGGCAAAGCUGUGAAAGAGUCCCUCAUCCUGCCGCAACUGUUGGAAGCGGCUCGUGCAGAGGUCAAGUGA